UGGACUAGUUAGCCUCUAAGAUCUCUUCCAGAUCUAAAUGUAGGAUCCUAAAGGACAAUAUUUGGUGUCCUUGACCAUAUCUACCAGUAGAGGGAGUACGUUUAAUACCAGUAAGCAAGCACAGUCUCAGAGGUGGUUUAAAGCCUUAUCUAUGUCCGGUAUAGAAGGGAUAGUCCCAUUUAGGGCAUUCUCUGGCUAGCUACCUCUAUGCAAUCACCUACAUUCAGCCCCUUCCUCUGUCAGGUCCAAUGGGGAAACGGAAUCCUAGAAUCAGGACCAGGUCCCUAACCACUUAUAAAGUUUGUUUUUAGAAGAUUAGUUAGGUACUGACCUGGCUGUUGUCCGGAGCCGCCAUCUUGUGGGAGCGAAACCAACGCCUGGAGAGCAGGGGGGAAGGAGCUGCAGCCCCUCACCGGUUUCUUUUGCCAACGUUCAACGUAUCACACUUGGAGCAUGGGGAAUAUAUUUGCUAACUCCUUCAAGGGGCUCUUUGGCAGAAAAGAAAUGAGGAUUCUAAUGGUUGGUCUGGAUGCUGCAGGAAAGACUACUAUUUUGUACAAACUGAAGCUGGGUGAAAUAGUAACUACUAUUCCCACUAUAGGUUUCAACGUAGAAACUGUAGAAUACAAAAACAUUACCUUCACGGUGUGGGAUGUAGGUGGCCAGGACAAAAUCCGACCCUUAUGGCGCCAUUACUUCGAGAAUACUCAAGGACUGAUUUUUGUGGUUGACAGCAAUGACAGAGAGCGAGUGGUUGAGGCCCGAGGAGAACUGAUGAGAAUGUUGGCAGAGGAGGAUCUUAGAAAUGCCAUCUUAUUAGUGUUUGCUAACAAACGAGAUCUUCCCAAUGCCAUGAAUGCAGCUGAAAUCACAGAUAAACUCGGACUUCAUUCUCUCCGUAACAGAAACUGGUACAUCCAAGCCACCUGUGCCACUAGUGGGGAUGGGCUCUAUGAAGGACUGGACUGGUUGUCCAAUCAGCUCCGAAACCAGAAAUGAAACAACAAAAGUUCCUCCUCCCUCUUUCCAUCUCUCCCUCUUAUGUCCUGUUCACCCUUCGCUUUACUCUCCUGUGGCAAGCUGUGCUACUUUGUGGUACUGUGUGCUGGAAGCUGUUUUUUCUAUCCCUUGUCACAGUAUGUAUUGCACCAUGUAAAUGCGGCAAAUACAGGUCUGAAAACAGG